AUGAAUAGAACAAUUUUAAGAGAAAGUGAUCAUCACUGUGCAGAUGAGGAAGAUGCAGCCCCAGAGCCAUUGAAGUCGAAGGAUUUCCGUGAGAAGUGGGAUUGUUUAUCAGCGGAAUCAACUGAAUUAUUACUGAAAACACUGAAGCCAAGAGCUGUUUUUGCGGGUCAUACACAUUAUGGGUGUAAAACAUGGUGGCCAUCACCAUAUUCAAUAUGGGAAUGGACCAUUCCGUCAUUCUCGUGGCGUAACACACAUCAGCCAGCACUGCUACUGCUCAGUAUAACACCUCAUCAAUUGAACGUCAACAAAUGCUUAUUACCGAAUGAAAUCAAUGUGAUUUGUUUGUAUAUUUGUGUGGCAUUCAUCGUGCUAUUAGCCGCUUGUUUCAAGUUAUUCAAGUGUUGUUCGACGAAUAGGGUAAGGAAAUCAUAUCCUACUUAUCAAUUUGUUACGGUUAAAAAUGACUGA